AACCUCGAGGACCAAAAACCGUGAAUCAUGACGGGAUUAUUUUGUCUUACAAUCUUGAUCAUUUCUGUUACCACAGGGCAAGGAACACCAAGUUUUUUACAGCGUCCCGCUAACUGCGAUAAAGAUGUACGACUGGCGUAUUCCGUUCUCAGCACACACGGCGUUUAUAACAGACUCCAGUGCUACUUGAAAUGCCUUGAUGAGCCGGCAUGCCUCUCCUUCAACUUUGAAGAUGUGUCAGAGAACAAGACUCGAGUUUGCGAGUUGAAUUCGAAAAUAGUGGACAAAAGAGGAAACAAUUUGAAAACAAAAAAGGGCUUUGCUUACUACGAAAAGACGAGUGGGUUUGAUAAUGGUAUCCAAAGCUGUACACUAACUGAAACAACAUAUGUAUACACAGAUAUACAUCUCCAGUCUAGGAACUUCCCGACAUAUUACUUUUCAUACGACACCAGCGCUUCUGACAGAGCUAAAAUUCUUCUGGACGACAGAAAGACUUUCAGAAUUCUACGACCUGGAUUGACGGGAGAGGAAGGAACUGUUUCCAUCGAGUCCAACGAUAAACCGGGUCACUUCUUUCGGUACCGCGCAGACACCAACGCCGUAGAUCUCUGGGGAACCGAUCCAGAAUCUUACAGUCCAGAAACUUUCUACGAGGACGCUACCUUCAAAAUUCGAUAUGGCACCUGGUUUAACGGAUAUUUGGCGUUUGAGGCAGCGUAUAAUCCAGGGAAAUAUAUUUCUCACGGCAGCCACCUUUUGUCUGUGAGUUCUUUUCAAGAUACUGAUGUCUACAAAAACAGCGUUUCUUUUAAAAUCCUUCCAGCUCCAACUUAUCUUCAGAAGGGUGUGAAAAUUCAGUCCUAUAACUAUCAGUCUUACUUCAUGACCUACGACAGCAAUACCAACUACUGCAAUAUUAUCAACGGUGAUUUCAAAACCUUCAACAUUUGGAGUCCCGGUCUAACUGGAGUGGCGGGAACGGUGUCCAUCGAAUCUGUUGACAAGCCUCAUUGGUUCUUUCGGUACAAGAUCUCUAACUCGGCCUAUACCAAUCUUGAAUACCGACCAUCCCCAGCACAAGGAAGUUCGAAUUUUGAUGAGGAGGCGACCUUUAUCAUCAGGCAGGAUAUUUUACACACCGGAUGGUUUGCUCUGGAAGCUUCUACGAUGUCUAACUACUAUCUUCGCCAUUCAUAUUAUCCAUAUGUAUACACAGAUAUACAUCUCCAGUCUAAGAACUUCCCGACAUAUUACUUUUCAUACGACACCAGCGCUUCAGACAGAGCUAAAAUCCUUCUGGACGACAGAAAGACUUUCCGAAUCCUACGACCUGGAUUGACGGGAGAUGAAGGAACUGUUUCCAUCGAGUCCAACGAUAAACCGGGUCACUUCUUUCGGUACCGUGCAGACACCAACGCCGUAGAUCUCUGGGGAACCGAUCCAGAAUCUUACAGUCCAGAAACUUUCUACGAGGACGCUACCUUCAAAAUUCGAUACGGAACUUGGUUUACCGGGUAUUUGGCGUUUGAGGCAGCGUAUGAUCCAGGGAAAUAUAUUUCUCACGGCAGCCACCUUUUGUCUGUGAGUUCUUUUCAAGAUACUGAUGUCUACAAAAACAGCGUUUCUUUUAAAAUCCUUCCAGCUCCAACCUAUCUUCAGAAGGGUGUGAAAAUUCAGUCCUAUAACUUUCAGUCUUACUUCAUGACCUACGACAGCAAUACCAAUUACUGCCGCAUUAUCAACGGUGACGCCAAAACCUUCAACAUUUGGAUUCCCGGUCUAACCGGAGUGGCGGGAACGAUGUCCAUCGAAUCUGUUGACAAACCUCAUUGGUUCUUUCGUUACAAGAUCUCUAACUCGGCCUAUACCAAUCUUGAAUACCGUCCAGCGCCAGCACAAGGCAGUUUGCAUUUUGAUGAGGAGGCGACCUUUAUCAUCAGGCAGGAUAUUCUACACACCGGAUGGUUUGCCCUGGAAGCUUCUACGAUGGCCACUUACUACCUUCGCCAUAUAAAUUAUCGUAUAUACCUACACCAACAUAUUCAAACUAGUCCUGAUGCUGCCUUCCGUUUUGUUUAG